AUGAGCGUGCCCAAAGCGAGACUGCUAAAAGUAGCGGAAUUAUCUGCCAAGAUAUUUGAUCAAAAUUUUAACCCAACUGGCGUUAGAACAGGUUCCAAGAUCUUAAAUGAACGACUAAAAGGUCCUUCAGUGGCGAGUUACUACGGAAACCCGGACAUUCUAAAGUUCAGACAUUUGAAGACAUUAUAUCCCGAUAUUGAAUUUGUAGACCUUCAGGAACAAUAUCGAUUAUCUAUGGUCGAAGCAAAGAAACGUCGUGGUAAAGGUGCUCCAAAAAAGAUGAAAAAGGACGCAGCUGCGAAAGGGAAAGGAAAGAAGAAAAAAUGA